GGAAACGUCCCACCCGUAUGAGACCAUGUUCCAUGGACAGGAGCAGCUGAGCAGCCACUUACAGACCCACGACUCCAACAAGCCGGAUCUGCAGUGUGAAGAGUGCGGCAAACACUUCAACACUCGAUUAGGUCUGAGACGUCAUGUGGCCACCCACGCCACGUCCGUGACCGGCGAUCUCACCUGCAAGGUCUGCCAUCAGAUCUUCGAGAGCAUGCCUACCCUUCUGGAGCACCUGAGCACACACACCGGGCGUCCUCCUCCGGACGGAGCCGUGCGGGAGAGGAAGCACCAGUGCGAUAGCUGCGGCCGCCGUUUCUUCACACGGAAGGAUGUGAGGCGCCACGCCGUGGUGCACACGGGCAGGAGGGACUUUCUGUGCCCUCGCUGUGCCCAGCGUUUCGGCCGACGCGACCAUCUUACCCGCCACCUCAAGAAGAGCCAUGCCCAGGAGCUGGAUGCCCUCAGCUUGGUACCCUCUAGUGUUGUGAAGGAAGAGCCUAGCCGCACCCUGUGCAUUUCUGGAUCACCUAAAGAUGCCUCAGAGGCAGUGUCGAUGGGCAUGUUUAACCCUCAAGGCCUGCAGAGUGUGUCUACCUCAGGGGUCACCCACCAUCAUUCGAUAGUCCCUGCCCCCCUACAAAGCCCCAUGAGCGUGGGCUGCUAUUUUGAGCCAAGCAAACAUCAGCCCCAGCAGUACCACGAGCCUCAGCGCUACCAGCCUGCAUCAGCUAGCACAUACCUCAAGGCCGAGAUGGAAAACUUCCUGAACGAGCUCCAGUGCGGCCCGAUGCCCCCUCAGGCCACGGUUGCGACCUCUGCCUCCAGGCCAAACGACCUUGUUCCCGAAAGUCUGGGCAGUCAGAGUGCCCACUUCACCCUCAGGAACUCGGCCUUCGCUACGGCCGAGCCUACAGCCACCGCUGCUAACGUGGACCUCUCGCCUCUGCUGGGCUUCUUGCCGUUCGGGCUGCCGCCGUACAGCGCCCCCUUGAGUUCGGGAGGCAUCGUGAUGGGGUACUCGACCACUGCUACAGCCUGCUCGCCGACUCCUACCUCUCAGCUCUCCGGGCCUCUGUCCUCGUUCCAGCCGCUGCACGAGCCUCAGGCCUCCGGGCAUCUAAAUCAGCUGUCUGGUUUCUCUCCUACAUUACCUCGAUUUCACCAGGCCUUUCAGCAGUGAUGCUCGGCUCGUGGAUGUGUUCUUUCCAGACAGCGAUGAUGGAAAGCCGAGUGCUCAGUGAACUCGUUUGAUUGAAGGCUUUUGUGUUGCAUAUACAGGUCACAUGAUUUCUGUAGAAUAGGACGAUUUUGCUCUGGAUUGAAUAGAUUUUUAGA